GAGAUGAGGAGAUAGGCGGGAGUGAGGGAGCAGAGGAGCGAAGGAGGGCGAGGAGUGGAGCGGCGCGGGGAGGGCGCGCAGCUUGGUUGCUCCGUAGUACGGCGGCUCGCAAGGGAGCAUCCCGAGCGGGCUCCGGGACGGCCCGGAGGCAGGCGGGCGGGCGGGCGGGGAUGGUGUGCGCGGCUGCGGACCCUGCGUUCCUCCGCGCGGCUUGCGGGCUGCACUGAUUUGUGUGAGGGGCGGCCGCGCGCACCCGCCCGGAGAUGAGGCGUCGAUCAGCAAGGUGAACGUAGUAGAACCAUGGCUCAGUUUCCCACACCUUUCGGUGGUAGCCUGGAUGUGUGGGCCAUAACUGUGGAGGAAAGGGCCAAGCAUGACCAGCAGUUCCUUAGCCUGAAGCCGGUAUCGGGAUUCAUUACUGGUGAUCAAGCAAGGAACUUUUUUUUCCAAUCUGGGUUACCUCAGCCUGUCUUAGCACAAAUAUGGGCGCUAGCGGACAUGAAUAACGAUGGAAGGAUGGAUCAAGUGGAAUUUUCCAUAGCCAUGAAGCUCAUCAAACUGAAGCUACAAGGAUAUCAGCUACCCUCCACACUUCCCCCUGUCAUGAAACAGCAACCAGUGGCUAUUUCCAGUGCACCAGCAUUUGGUAUAGGAGGGGUUGCUAGCAUGCCGCCACUCACAGCUGUUGCUCCUGUGCCAAUGGGCUCCAUUCCAGUUGUUGGAAUGUCUCCACCCUUAGUAUCUUCAGUCCCUCCAGCAGCAGUACCUCCCCUGGCUAACGGGGCUCCUCCCGUCAUACAACCUCUGCCUGCAUUUGCGCAUCCUGCAGCCACAUUGCCAAAGAGUUCUUCCUUCAGCAGAUCUGGUCCAGGGUCACAAUUAAACACUAAGUUACAGAAGGCACAAUCUUUCGAUGUCGCCAGCGCCCCUCCAGCAGCAGAAUGGGCUGUGCCUCAGUCAUCAAGGCUGAAAUACAGGCAGUUAUUCAACAGCCACGACAAAACUAUGAGUGGACACUUAACAGGUCCCCAGGCAAGAACUAUCCUCAUGCAAUCAAGUUUACCCCAGGCUCAGCUGGCUUCAAUAUGGAACCUUUCUGACAUUGAUCAAGAUGGGAAACUCACUGCAGAAGAAUUUAUCCUAGCUAUGCACCUAAUUGAUGUUGCCAUGUCUGGUCAGCCACUGCCGCCCGUCCUGCCUCCAGAGUACAUCCCUCCUUCCUUUAGAAGAGUUCGCUCUGGCAGUGGGAUGUCAGUCAUAAGCUCUUCUUCUGUGGAUCAGAGGCUGCCCGAGGAGCCAUCGUCAGAGGAUGAGCAGCAGCUAGAGAAGAAACUGCCUGUGACAUUUGAAGAUAAGAAGCGGGAGAACUUCGAGCGAGGCAAUCUGGAGCUGGAGAAACGCAGGCAAGCUCUACUGGAGCAGCAGCGCAAAGAGCAGGAGCGGUUGGCUCAGCUGGAGCGCGCCGAGCAGGAGAGGAAAGAGCGGGAGCGCCAGGAGCAGGAGCGCAAGAGACAGCUGGAGCUGGAGAAGCAGCUGGAGAAGCAGCGGGAGCUGGAGAGGCAGCGAGAGGAGGAGAGGAGAAAGGAGAUCGAGAGGCGCGAGGCGGCAAAACGGGAACUGGAACGGCAGCGACAACUUGAAUGGGAACGGAACCGGAGACAGGAACUCCUGAAUCAGAGGAACAAGGAGCAGGAGGGCAUCGUGGUCCUGAAGGCGAGGAGGAAGACUCUGGAGUUUGAAUUAGAAGCUCUGAAUGACAAAAAGCAUCAGCUAGAAGGAAAACUUCAGGAUAUCAGGUGUCGAUUGGCAACCCAGAGGCAAGAAAUCGAGAGCACAAACAAGUCUAGAGAGCUAAGAAUUGCUGAAAUCACCCACUUACAGCAGCAGUUGCAGGAAUCUCAGCAAAUGCUUGGAAGACUUAUUCCGGAGAAACAGAUACUCAAUGACCAAUUAAAACAAGUCCAACAGAACAGUUUGCAUAGAGAUUCACUUCUUACCCUCAAAAGAGCCUUGGAAGCAAAGGAGCUGGCUCGGCAGCAGCUCCGGGAGCAGCUGGACGAGGUUGAAAGAGAGACCAGGUCAAAGCUACAGGAGAUUGAUGUUUUCAACAACCAGCUGAAGGAACUGAGAGAAAUACAUAGUAAACAGCAACUCCAGAAGCAGAGGUCCAUCGAGGCAGAGCGACUGAAGCAGAAAGAGCAGGAGAGGAAGAGCCUGGAGUUGGAGAAGCAAAGGGAAGACACUCAGAGACGAGUUCAGGAAAGGGACAAGCAUUGGCAGGAGCAUGUGCAGCAGGAGGAGCAGCCGCGCCCUCGGAAACCCCAUGAGGAGGACAGACUGAAGAGGGAGGACAGUGUCAGGAAGAAGGAGGCAGAAGAGAGAGCCAAACCGGAAAUGCAAGACAAGCAGAGUCGGCUUUUCCACCCACAUCAGGAGCCAGCCAAGCCGGCCGUCCAGGCACCCUGGUCUACCACAGAGAAAGGCCCGCUUACCAUUUCUGCACAGGAGAGUGUAAAAGUGGUAUAUUACCGAGCGCUGUACCCCUUUGAAUCCAGAAGUCACGACGAGAUCACCAUCCAGCCAGGAGAUAUAGUCAUGGUUAAAGGGGAAUGGGUGGAUGAAAGCCAGACUGGAGAGCCAGGAUGGCUUGGAGGAGAGCUGAAAGGGAAGACGGGAUGGUUCCCUGCAAACUAUGCAGAGAAGAUUCCAGAAAAUGAGGUUCCCACUCCAGCCAAACCAGUGACCGAUCUGACAUCUGCCCCUGCCCCCAAACUGGCUCUGCGUGAGACCCCUGCUCCAUUGCCAGUAACCUCUUCUGAGCCCUCCACAACCCCCAACAACUGGGCAGACUUCAGUUCCACGUGGCCCAGCAGCUCAAAUGAGAAGCCAGAAACAGACAACUGGGAUACAUGGGCGGCUCAGCCUUCUCUGACUGUACCUAGUGCUGGCCAAUUACGGCAGAGAUCAGCCUUUACACCAGCCACAGCCACUGGUUCCUCCCCAUCUCCCGUCCUGGGCCAGGGUGAAAAGGUGGAAGGGCUACAAGCGCAAGCCCUGUAUCCCUGGAGAGCCAAAAAAGACAACCACUUAAAUUUUAACAAAAGUGACGUCAUCACCGUUCUGGAACAGCAAGACAUGUGGUGGUUUGGAGAAGUCCAAGGUCAGAAGGGUUGGUUCCCCAAGUCUUACGUGAAACUCAUUUCAGGGCCCGUAAGGAAACCCACAAGCAUCGAUACUGGCCCUACUGAAAGUCCUGCUAGUCUAAAGAGAGUGGCUUCCCCGGCUGCCAAGCCAGCCAUUCCCGGAGAAGAGUUUAUUGCCAUGUACACAUACGAGAGUUCUGAGCAAGGAGAUUUAACCUUUCAGCAAGGGGAUGUGAUUGUGGUUACCAAGAAAGAUGGUGACUGGUGGACGGGAACGGUGGGCGACAAGUCCGGAGUCUUCCCUUCUAACUAUGUGAGGCUUAAAGAUUCAGAGGGCUCUGGAACUGCUGGGAAAACAGGGAGUUUAGGAAAAAAACCUGAAAUCGCCCAGGUUAUUGCUUCCUAUGCUGCUACUGGUCCCGAACAACUCACCCUGGCUCCUGGGCAGCUGAUUCUGAUCCGGAAAAAGAACCCAGGUGGAUGGUGGGAAGGAGAACUGCAAGCUCGAGGGAAAAAGCGCCAGAUAGGGUGGUUCCCAGCAAAUUAUGUCAAACUUCUAAGCCCCGGGACAAGCAAAAUCACCCCAACUGAGCUACCCAAGACCGCAGUGCAGCCAGCAGUGUGCCAGGUGAUUGGGAUGUAUGAUUACACCGCCCAGAACGAUGACGAGCUGGCCUUCAGCAAAGGCCAGGUCAUCAACGUCCUCAACAAGGAGGACCCGGACUGGUGGAAAGGAGAAGUCAGUGGGCAGGUCGGGCUCUUCCCAUCCAAUUAUGUGAAGCUGACCACAGACAUGGACCCCAGCCAGCAAUGGUGCUCAGACCUACAUCUCUUAGAUAUGUUGACCCCGACUGAGAGGAAGCGGCAAGGCUACAUCCAUGAACUCAUUGUCACAGAAGAGAACUAUGUGAACGACCUGCAGCUGGUCACGGAGAUCUUUCAGAAACCCCUGACGGAGUCUGAGCUGCUGACAGAAAAAGAGGUUGCUAUGAUUUUUGUUAACUGGAAGGAGCUGAUUAUGUGUAAUAUCAAACUGCUGAAAGCGCUGAGAGUCCGCAAGAAGAUGUCUGGGGAGAAGAUGCCGGUGAAGAUGAUCGGUGACAUCCUGAGUGCCCAGCUGCCCCACAUGCAGCCUUACAUCCGCUUCUGCAGCUGCCAGCUCAAUGGGGCCGCCCUCAUCCAGCAGAAGACCGAUGAGGCUCCAGACUUCAAGGAGUUCGUCAAAAGACUGGCAAUGGACCCUCGGUGCAAAGGAAUGCCGCUGUCCAGCUUUAUACUGAAACCUAUGCAGCGUGUCACAAGAUACCCGCUGAUCAUUAAAAACAUCCUGGAAAACACUCCUGAGAACCACCCUGACCACAGCCACCUGAAGCACGCCCUGGAGAAGGCGGAGGAGCUGUGCUCCCAGGUGAACGAGGGAGUUCGAGAGAAGGAGAACUCAGACCGGCUGGAGUGGAUCCAAGCCCACGUGCAGUGUGAAGGCCUUUCUGAGCAACUGGUGUUCAAUUCCGUGACUAACUGCUUGGGACCACGCAAGUUUCUGCACAGCGGGAAGCUCUACAAGGCCAAGAGCAACAAAGAGCUGUAUGGCUUCCUCUUCAACGACUUCCUCCUGCUGACCCAAAUCACAAAGCCCUUAGGCUCUUCCGGCACCGACAAAGUCUUCAGCCCCAAAUCUAACCUUCAGUAUAAAAUGUACAAAACGCCCAUUUUCUUAAAUGAGGUUCUAGUAAAAUUACCCACGGACCCUUCUGGAGAUGAGCCUAUCUUCCACAUUUCCCACAUCGACCGGGUCUACACCCUCCGAGCAGAGAGCAUAAAUGAGAGGACUGCCUGGGUGCAGAAAAUCAAGGCGGCGUCUGAGCUCUACAUAGAGACGGAGAAAAAGAAGCGAGAGAAGGCGUACCUGGUCCGUUCCCAGCGGGCGACCGGUAUUGGAAGGUUGAUGGUGAACGUGGUAGAAGGCAUUGAGCUGAAGCCCUGUCGGUCACAUGGAAAGAGCAACCCGUACUGUGAGGUGACCAUGGGCUCUCAGUGCCACAUCACCAAGACAAUCCAGGACACGCUGAACCCCAAGUGGAAUUCUAACUGCCAGUUCUUCAUCAGAGACCUGGAGCAGGAGGUUCUCUGCAUCACUGUGUUUGAGAGAGACCAGUUCUCGCCUGACGAUUUUUUGGGCCGGACAGAGAUCCGAGUGGCUGACAUCAAGAAAGACCAGGGCUCCAAGGGGCCGGUUACAAAGUGUCUCCUGCUGCACGAGGUCCCCACCGGAGAGAUUGUGGUCCGCCUUGACCUGCAGUUGUUUGAUGAGCCAUAGCAGCCCUGCGAUGAUCGUAGAUGACUUCCUCCUCAAGGCCCCGGGCAGGCGUGCCGUCCGGUGUUCAGCCGCAGAGCAACGGGGACGGCAAAGACGAAGCUCCUCGAGGCUGCUAGGGGUUGUUCUUGACAAUCCUGCCCUUCCAAUCAUGUCUCAUUUUAUGAAUCCAAAUUCUCUUUUCCUUUGCCCUCCCUAUGGUCUCAUCAUGGCUUCGAGAGUCUCUGAAAUCCGUGACCUUCAACUAGGUUCCAUUGGGAGCCUGGCACCUUCCCUGGGCUGGAGGUGUGGGUCUGGUUCCUAUAAAAUAGAUUUAUAAACACAGUGACUGUAUUUUGGAGAACUGUGUAGGCCUCCUGUCUCUCACCUCUACCAGCCCUUCGUAGACUACUUGGCCUAUAAUAUCCUGUGCGUGGUGUGUUUAGUCCAAUUACGACAGAAUUCAGAGUCCAGCUCUCCCUGGGAGAUGGGGCCCUAGAUUGAAUGCUCAGCUCAAUGACUCUGGAGCAGGCACCAACUUACUUCACUCUCUGGAGAGCUGUCGCUUAGAAGACACUCAUGUGUGUUGUUAGAGCUGUACCAUUCCCCUCUAGACUUGGUUAGUGUCGGUCAGUGAAAAUGCAGUGGUAUGCUAUGGGUGAUUCCGUUCUGAUUCUGGGUGAGCAUGGAGGAUUCUCCACAAGCUCAUUAUCUGCGAGGUUCUGUCCUGAUGAGUUAGGUCCCGCUGCGGGUCACGGGGAAGGCUCGACGACCUUGGCUUGGUUAUUGUCAGAGCAUCCUCUUUGGGCUUCGAGACCCAGGAAUGUUUCAUGAGAAGUUCUGUCUGGAGACCAGCCCUGCCUGAGCCCAUCCUGUGCUUGAAAGACUGUCGUGAAAAGUGCCAACAGCAAUCCUUAGUGGUCACCCCUCCCCCAAAUCCACCAUACCACCUUAGAUGGAUGAAGUUUGAAAAAGAAUUCGAGAAGGAAUAGGUGAUGUGGAGAAAUGCUAAGAAAAUCCAUUGCUGGGCUGGGGGAAAGACCUUGGAAACCCGUGGGCCCCACACGUGGGAUGGGAAAAUGGGAGACGCUGCUGGGCGUACAACCUCUUAGUCAUAGGAGCACAUGCACUUUUUGCGGGAGUCAGAAGAGUAUGGCGAUAGGCCAAGCUUUUCGUCUGAGUUCUUCAGGCUUUCUUUCCGUUAAAUGCUAAGAGAUAGGCUGGCUAUCUAGAUAAUAACUCAAUUUGCUAGUGAGAAGGGCAGGCUGAGUCUUGGCCACUUGUUCGCGUCUCCGGUCUGUGGCUGUGGUCUGGCCUUUGCAUGUCUCUGGCCCCUGGACUCAGGCUCUCCUGUGUCGGGUGGUGGUCCUUUUUACGGUAGGUCCUCAGAUUUGAACUAGGUUUCUAGAAGUACUUUGUAAAUGGUAGUGUCUCGGUGACAGAAUAGCCACUCUGCUGAAGUCCGAAUGUUCCAUGUGACCCCAGAAGGUCCCUCUCUAUGUGUGUGUGUGUGUGUGUGUGUGUGUGUGUGUGUGGUGUUUUGAGAGAUUUCUCAAAGUGUGUAUAUGGCAAAGGACAACCGUUUACAUCUCAUACUCCCAGAAGCACUUAGUGUUUAUGUGUUGAGGAUAGUGUUGACUUUUGUAUCAAGAACAACAGACACACCUAUUUUUUGAAACAAGCCAAUAAACUCUUCAGUUAGCAGCUUUCAGCUGAACGUGAGGUAGGCUUUAACUUUGAGCAUGCAUUGGUUUACCACUUUCCCAGCAGAAAACACUGUCGAAACACUCCACGUUCACGUUUCUGUUGUUGUUAAGAAACUGUUUUAAAUGAUACCUAUAAAUAGAUCUGUGACCCACGGUCCCUCGGUUCUGGAACCUCGGGGCUUUGUUCAGUGCGUUGAUGAAGGACACGCUCUCAUGCUGUGAAACACAGGCGUUCUGUGUGCGAAUGGCCAGCGUAGGGUCGUCGUCACAACCCCUUCCCCCUUCCCGUCCCCUGCCCCUCCCCUUCCCCCUUCCAAGUUGAACAUGAAUGUGAUGUUGAACAUCAAUGUUCCUAUAGGAAGGAUGAGGCACACAUGGUGACCCCGUAGGUUCUGGGUUACCUACUCAUAGCACCCCAUGAUUGUAGCAUGUAAAUAAGGUCUGUGACUCUUUGGACACCCCUGGAUUGUCCUGAGGGGUGAUAGAGCUGGAUCGGUGUCCUUGCGUCUACGACUGUCAUUUAUUGUGACUGACUGUAUUUCUGGAUGAGCUGGGCUGACCCUAAGACCCAGCCGUGAUUCUUGGUUUCUGUUGAGAUGGAGUCCUAUUGUGACCCAUGGGUGACACACAGUCUCAGACCUUGAUUCUCUUCUCCUUCACAUCUACCCUUUUGACCAGCCAGGCUACACUCCCUACAGAUGGCAGGUCCUUGCCAACAAGGAAUCUGAGGCUCAGCUGUCUGCUUUGUAAAUGCUUGCCCAGGCUGCACCACCUGGCAUCCUGAUGCCAGCCGUUCAGACACCCCCUGAAGGCAAUCCCUCUUCUAUGGGCCACGCUGCCAGUACCUCCCACACUCUGACCUCCUCUCACUCAGGAAGGCACUUUGCUGGAGUGUGGCUGUGCUCUGACCCUCGGUCACCCCUGAGAAUAAUCCCGAGAGCUCAGAGGACAGGAGCCCCUGGCUGGGUUUCCUUCAUGGGCCACUUGAUCCAAAGGGUCAAUCCUUGUCUCUGGGGCAGCGCCCAUGUUUUGUCACCCAGCAGGUGGACGGAUAGCUUUAUCUCCUGGGACCAGAUUUGCUGUGUCCACAAGAGUUUGGAGACAUAUGUCAAUCAUUAAGGUUCAGAUCUGCCCUCGAUGGAACGGAGAGCUUUCUAGACAAGAAUCAGCAGGAAUGCUGGAGAAACUGGGCAAGGGUGCUGGGUUCAAUUUUGUAAUAUGUCUCUAUCAUUGGACAGCAAACAAGAAACCUCUCUCCCUAAAGAACCUUUCUUCCUUAUUUUCAGAAAGGACCCAACUCCAAAGUCCAAGAUGUCCUUGAACUUAGGAUCCUCCUGUCUCAACCUCCUGUGUGCUGGAAUUUCAAGUGUGUACCGCUGGGCUCAGCUGUCUUCAUUUUUAUAA